CCGGGGCACGUACGACAUGUUCUGCGAAAAAGCCAUGGAGCUGGUUCGCGAGCUGCAUCGCGCGCCAGAAGGGCAGCUGCCAGCCUUCAACGAGGAUGGACUCAGGCAAGUUCUGGAGGAGAUGAAAGCUUUAUAUGAACAAAACCAGUCUGAUGUAAAUGAAGUGAAGUCGGGUGGACGAAGUGACUUGAUACCAACCAUCAAGUUUCGACACUGUUCUUUGUUAAGAAAUCGACGCUGUGCUGUAGCGUACCUGUAUGACCGAUUGCUUCGGAUCAGAGCACUCAGGUGGGAGUACGGCAGCAUCCUGCCCAAUGCCUUACGAUUUCACAUGUCUGCUGAAGAAAUGGAGUGGUUCAAUCAUUAUAAAAAGUCCCUUGCUACUUAUAUGAGGUCACUGGGAGGAGAUGAAGGUUUGGACAUCACACAGGAUAUGAAACCUCCAAAAAGCCUAUAUAUAGAGGUGCGGUGUAUAAAAGACUACGGAGAAUUUGAAGUUGAUGAUGGUACUUCAGUCCUAUUAAAAAAAAAUAGCCAGCACUUCUUGCCCCGGUGGAAGUGUGAGCAGCUGGUUAGACAGGGCGUUCUGGAGCACGUGCUGUCCUGACGUUGUGCUGAGGCCCCGCCAGGCUGCCCUGUGGUACAAGGGAGGCCACACCACAGAAGAGUGUUACACGUCCUCUCCAGCCUCACCUCUUUAGUUUUAAAGGUCACAGACGUUCUUUACGAUAACCAGGAGUAUCUGGCUAAGGAGUGGGUUUGUUUUUCUUUUGUACAGGAUUCAUCCUCCUCUUUGUAAUAAACUGUAAGCUGUUAUCUAUAAUUACAACAUGCCUACAGUUACUA